AUGGAAAACAUUGGUGUUGCAUCCCGAGGAAUAGUUCGUGAAGUGCUCACAAGAUACAACUAUCAAGAAUGGAAAACUCUAAUGGAAAACUAUUUGAGGGGGGAAAAUCUGUGGGAAGUUGAGGAGAGUGAUUCUGUUUUUGAUGCACAGAGAAACGCAAAGGCUCUGCAUAUUAUUCAACUAUCAUGUGCACCAAAUAUUUUAGAUCAAAUUAAACACUUUCAAACUUCCCACAUAGCUUGGAAUCACUUGGCUGAUGUCUGCAGGUCUGAGUUUAAAGGUCAACUGCAUAUUCGAUACGGUGUUAUAUCCGACAACCUUAGAGAGCACAAAGCUUUAUACAAGUUUGUGGAAACUGGUGAUUGGGAAGGCACGAGCUCAUUCUUGAGGGAUCAACCGAAUGCCAUAUUUUGGGCUCCGCCUUCAGGUAGGACGGUUCUUCAUGUUGCAACAAUAGAAGGACAUAUGAAAAUUGUGUAG